CACAAAAACAUGGCUCUUACAAAAGUCUCUUCAAUUUUUCUCAUCUGCCUAUUCGGUUUCUACUCUCAAACUGCUGCCCAGGCGUAUUGCGGCUGCUCUCCGAUCCUCUGCUGCAGUCAGAAUGGUUAUUGUGGAAUCAACGACCUAUACUGUGGUUCCGGUUGCAGAUCAGGUCCUUGCAGACGAAGUAGAGUUCCGGUUGACAGGAUCGUGACACAACAGUUCUUUAACGAUAUUAUUAGCAAAGCAAGUAACGACUGCGCCGGAAAAAGAUUCUACACUCGUGAGUCUUUCCUUAAAGCCGCUAAUGAUACCUUUGACUUCACUAGCUCUGUUAACAGCCUCGAGAUCGCUACCAUGUUUGCUCACUUUACCUACGUGACCGGAAAUUUCUGCCAGAUAGACGCGGUAAACGGGACGUCAGGUGACUACUGUGAAGAGAGCAACAAGCAAUAUCCAUGUGCACAGGGCAAGAGCUAUCAUGGUCGCGGCCCCAUCCAACUAUCAGGGAACUCCAACUAUGGUACUUGUGGUCAGGGUAUCGGUCUCGACCUUCUACGCCAGCCCGAGCUAGUUGGCAGCAACUCAACUGUGGCAUUUAAAACUGGAUUGUGGUUUUGGAUGACUUACGUAAGGCCGGUACUGAACCAAGGAUUUGGAGCAACUAUUAGGGCCGUCAAUGGUUUGGACUGUAACGGUGAGAAUUCAGGAGCGAUCGAUGCAAGGAUUGAGCAGUAUAUAGACUAUUGUAAACAGCUUGGUGUGGACCCUGGUCAAAACCUUAGGUGUUAAAAGGCUUAAUAAAGAUUUAUAAUUUAUCUAUUUGGUAUGUAGUCCUUAUGUUCCGGUUUCAUUGUUCCCUCUUUCUUAAGAAGACUUAAUGUUGUAGUAACC